AUGUCUGACCAAUACAAGCCAAGCGAACACGACGGUCUCCGAAAGGACGGCCAGCCAGACAAGCGAGUUCAGCAGGACAGCUUCGCCCACGGCAAGGUCGACCCACAUGAGGCCGGCAAGAAGGGUGGCUCUGCCACUGGCGGCAGCGACCUCCACGAGGCUCAAGCCAACGAGGUUGGCAGCGACUACAAGCCAAGUGAGCACGGUGGUCUCCGAAAAGAUGGUCAGCCAGAUGGCCGAAUGAACUAG